AGGACCAAAAUGACCUUAGUAGUUGCCGCCGUUCUCGCACUCUGUAUUCAGCUUUAGGGUUUCACAACCCUCAGUCCCCCAAAUCUUGGCGGGAACGUCCUUGUUAGAAAAUAACUAAAUUAAUAAAGAUAAUCCGAGCAAGUGCCCACUGAGAAACCUCGAGAAAGCGAGAGAAAAUCCAAUCCGAGCAGUAGCAGCAGCAACCGGAAGAAGAUGGGAAAAGACGAGGAGGAGAUGAGAGGGGAGAUAGAGGAGAGGCUAAUAAACGAGGAGUACAAGAUCUGGAAGAAGAACACCCCGUUCCUCUACGAUCUGGUCAUCACCCACGCCCUUGAGUGGCCUUCUCUCACUGUCGAGUGGCUGCCGGACCGGGAGGAGCCUCCCGGCAAGGAUUAUUCCGUCCAGAAGAUGAUCCUAGGCACCCACACCUCCGAGAAUGAGCCCAAUUACCUCAUGCUCGCCCAGGUCCAACUCCCUCUCGAGGACGCAGAGAACGACGCACGCCAAUACGACGACGACCGCACCGAUGUCGGUGGCUUCGGCUGCGCCAAUGGAAAGGUGCAAAUAAUCCAGCAAAUAAAUCAUGAUGGAGAGGUCAAUCGUGCUCGUUAUAUGCCUCAAAACCCGUUUAUUAUUGCCACUAAGACAGUUAGUGCUGAAGUUUAUGUUUUCGAUUAUAGCAAACACCCGUCUAAGCCUCCUCUAGAUGGUGCAUGCAGCCCUGACUUACGGUUGAGGGGCCACAGCACUGAAGGAUAUGGUUUAUCGUGGAGUAAAUUUAAGCAGGGCCAUUUGCUGAGUGGCUCUGAUGAUGCUCAGAUAUGCUUGUGGGAUAUUAGUGCAACUCCAAAGAACAAGAGCCUCGAUGCCAUGCAAAUUUUUAAGGUUCAUGAAGGUGUUGUAGAAGAUGUAGCAUGGCAUCUGAGGCAUGAAUACUUAUUUGGUUCAGUAGGUGAUGAUCAGCACCUGCUAAUAUGGGAUCUCCGGACUCCAUCAGUUAGCAAGCCUGUCCACUCUGUUAUUGCUCAUCAAAGUGAGGUAAACUGCUUAGCUUUCAAUCCCUUUAAUGAAUGGGUUGUUGCAACGGGCUCUACUGAUAAAACUGUGAAGUUGUUCGAUCUACGCAAGAUCAGCACUGCACUCCACACCUUUGAUUGUCACAAGGAGGAGGUUUUCCAAGUUGGCUGGAAUCCAAAAAACGAGACUAUCUUAGCUUCUUGUUGUCUUGGUAGGAGACUCAUGGUGUGGGAUCUUAGCAGGAUUGAUGAAGAGCAAACACCAGAGGAUGCUGAAGAUGGACCGCCGGAGUUACUUUUUAUUCAUGGUGGUCACACGAGUAAAAUAUCUGAUUUUUCCUGGAACCCAAGUGAAGACUGGGUUGUCGCUAGUGUAGCUGAAGAUAACAUACUUCAAAUCUGGCAGAUGGCCGAGAACAUCUACCAUGAUGAAGAUGAUUUGCCGGAAGAAUCUACAAAGGCAACCUAGUAUGAUUUUUCUAGCUAGAUUUGACAGACAGGUAGCCAGAAAAUUAGAGAAUGUGCAACUUUAGGUGUUCUCCCCAAGUAAAUGUGAAAUAAUUGUGUUUUUGUUGUGUCGAACUGACUUGUAUUGUAUCCCCAAUGCACAGUUCUCUCGUAAUUAUUUUGCCAGAAGUAGCUUU